GUAGCCCCGGAUGUAGCGGUAGCGCUGCGCUACGCCGCCAUCAUCAUUCAUUCCUUUUGGCAUUAGCAUCGUUUUGUUGUGGGUGAUUGUGCAGCUGACUGUGGCUUUUUGUGGGAAGCCAGCAAUUCUCUUUUAGUUGUUUUUAACGAAUCUAUAUACUGGUCAGAAGGAGGGCGGUGCGUUGGCCUAGGUUUCGACCGGACUAGCGUAUCGUCCGGUCAAGUUUAUACUAUUAAUUUGUGCGACUAAUUCAGCUUUACUGGCUUUCAGAAAUUAAGACACAAUGACUCGUGGUAAUCAGAGAGAUUUGGCCCGCGCCAAGAACCAAAAAAAGCAACAGGAGAUGCAAAAAAAGAAGAAUGCCAAUGAAAAAACUGGACUAUCUCUAUCAGAGAGAAAACAUAGGGAUGCCGAAUUAAUGAGAGAAAAACAACGAAAAAAAGAGGAACAAUCGACGGGCCAGAAGCAAGCUGUACAUUAAUGUUGCACAUAAAAAUAUCUUGACUGCUCCAUAUAUGAACGAAUGCGUACAUUUCAGCUUUGAUACAGGAAGCUGAAAUUGUUCAUGUGAUACCUAAGCAAUCCUCUCAUUUACAAAUGUAUGUUGAAAUCUUUAGUUUCAUCAUAAAGCCUAAUUUAAUAAUAAACAAACCCAAUAA